ACCAUUUUGAGGAGAUCUGUUCCAAGUUUGUGACUAAGGAUUCCAACAGAGAUUUGGUUAGUGAUAUCGGUCUGAUCGGCUCAAAUGGCAUCCCAACAUUUCUUCCAUCGUCUAAUACUCAUCUUUACGACUCAGUGCUUAUCUCUGCCAAUUCCAGUAAGCUAGAUGGUGAUGAUUCAGGGGAUCAGGUCAUUUUUGCUGGUUCUGAAACCAAUGUUGAAGGCUUAAAUUCUGAAUCUAACAUGUCAUUCGAUAGAUCUUUCACACACGACCUUGGCGGUCCACCGAGUAAACCAAGCGGACUGGGUUUUGGCUUCUCAGAGCUAAAGAUUAAGAAAUACUCUGGUAGUGGGUUGAAAAGCUGCUGUGUGGUUCCACAGGCUUCGUUGAAACGAAUAACUGGCAAGGCGUUGCCGGUUUUCAGGUUCCUAAAAACCAACUUGCUUGAUAUGGAUGUGGCACUACCUGAUGAAGCUUUAAGACCGUCGAAAUCGCAUCCAGAGCGUAGAAGAGCUUGGCGUAUAUUUGUUAAAUCCGCGCAAAGCAUUUAUGAGUUGGUUCAGGCAACAAUUGUGCUAGAAGACAUGGUUAAGACAGGGUACUUGAAAAAUGCAUGGUGGUACUGGUCUUCCCUUUCAGCGGCUGCUAAAAUAUCGACUCUCUCGGCGUUAUCCGUCCGUAUCUUCUCCCUUGAUGCAGCUAUUAUGUACGAUAAACUCAUAACUCCAUCAGAUCCGAUGGAUGAAACAAAUCCGAUCAUCAGCUUAACAGACCAGAAGUCGCAACCGAUUUCAGAUUCACAAGAAAGAAGCAGCAGAGCAAACAGGCGAUCGGGUAAGAAGAGGAAAGAACCCGAGGUGUCAUAGUAACUUAUUUGAACCCACCGGAAAAGCUCAGCGGGCACAGCCUCGUGAGAAUAUGAACCGGAAAUGUGGAUUUUGUUUUUUUUCCGGUUGAGUCAAAGUGGAGCCAAUCUGUAUGUUGUAGAUAUAGGCAAUGUUUCUUCUAUCUAUAUAUCUGGAAGUGGACCUGUAAGUUGCGGAUGUUUUUGGUGGUUCAUCAUGAUAGGAGAGGCCUAAGUCCGGUUCAUGGAAUGGAACGGCGGUAGAUGGCGAUUCAACAGGUGAAUGAGCUUGAGAGAGUAUGUGUAUACAUAUAUGUAGAAGAAGACUGACUAAUGUGGAAUUAAUUAGUAUCAAAAGUCGCUUUUUAGGCAUUAACUGAUGUUAGAACGGAAACACUUCAAUUCUUUAUAAACCUCUCUAUCUCUUUAAUGGAUCGUUGUGUUGUGAGGG